GUUAAUCUUUUAUAUAGAGGUUGUUGUGGUAUCAGUGACCUUAAAUGUGGCCCCAUAUUAUGACAACUGUAGUAAAUGCCAUUACAUUUCACUCACCAUGCCUCCAAAGAAGAGGCAACACGUAUCAAAAGAAAGGAACAAAAAGAAUGCCAUCCUUGAUGAUUCGGGUGAUGAAGAUGAUUUCUCUGUCACCCAGAAAAUAGUAGAAUUCUAUGAGGGACAUCCAUAUCUAUUUGAUCUCCGGCAUGAGAACUAUCGCAAUAACAAACUAAAGGAGGCAAAGUUGGCCGAGUUGGCAACAUAUAUUAAAUGGAAUGGUCAGUAGAAUGAAAG